AUGGGCAGCUCAACGCCUCCGUCCCAGUCUGGUAGUGGAACGCUAGCGGCGAAGCCGACUGUUGUCUUGGUGGCCCUAUGGGGCGUCAGUCACUUUGCGCCCAUGGUCGAGGUUGGCAAGCGACUACUCGCCCUCAGCGGCCGCUCCCUCACCGUCAAUGUGCUCGUAGUGCCGUCGCCGACGGGGAACGGCCUGGACAUCCGCUUCCACCACUUCCGUGCCGCGGAGCCCCCGACCGACCACACCGGCAUCGAGGAGUUCGUCUCCCGCUACGUGCAGCUGUACGUGCCCCAAAUCAAGGCGAUCGUGUCCGGCUUGACAUGCCUGGUGGCCGCGGUCGUGGUCGACAUCUUCUGCACAACGCUCCUCGACGCGCCCCAGGAGCUGGGCGUGCCGGCCUACGUCUUCCUCAUCAGCAGCGCCGCGAUGGCCGCGGUCUUGCUGCGCUCCCCGUCGCUCGACGAGGAGGUGGGCCCCGGGGUCGAGUUCGAGGAGUUGGAGGGCGGGUUGGACGUGCCUGGGCUCCCGCCGGUGCCGGCGUCCUGCCUCCCGACGGGACUGGACAACAGGAAGAUCUCGACAUACUAG